CGCCACCCCCUCCCUGCCGGCGGCGCUGCCAUUGGCCGGCUCCAUGGCACCGCGCGCAUCUCCUCUCCCGCCUUCCCGGGACGGGGCUGCGCCGCUGGGGACACCAUGGCCGGCAGCUCCGGCAGCGGGGCCUCCCUGGAGGGUCUGUCCCUGGGCUCCUCGGAGGAAGCGGAGCUGCAGAAGGAAGCCAUGCAGCAAGUCCUGGACAACUUGGGGUCCCUGCCCAACGCCACUGGGGCCGCAGAGCUGGACCUCAUCUUCCUCCGCGGCAUCAUGGAGAGCCCCAUCGUCAGGUCCCUGGCCAAGGCCCACGAGCGGCUGGAGGAGACAAAGCUGGAGGCCGUGCGCGACAACAACCUGGAGCUGGUGCGGGAGAUCCUGCGGGACCUGGCGCAGCUGGCGGAGCGCAGCAGCCCGGCGGCCGAGCUGGCCCGCAUCCUGCAGGAGCCGCACUUCCAGUCCCUCCUGGAGACGCACGACUCGGUGGCCUCCAAGACCUACGAGACGCCGCCGCCCAGCCCGGGCCUAGACCCCACGUUCAGCAGCCAGCCGGUGCCCCCCGACGCGGUGCGCAUGGUGGGCAUCCGCAAGACGGCCGGAGAGCACCUGGGCGUGACCUUCCGCGUGGAGGGUGGCGAGCUGGUCAUCGCGCGCAUUCUGCACGGCGGCAUGGUGGCACAGCAGGGCCUGCUGCACGUGGGCGAUGUCAUCAAGGAAGCCAACGGGCAGCCGGUGGGCAGCGACCCGCGCGCCCUGCAGGAGCUGCUGCGCAGUGCCAGCGGCAGCGUUGUCCUCAAGAUCCUGCCUAGCUACCAGGAGCCGCACCUGCCGCGCCAGGUGUUUGUGAAAUGCCACUUCGACUACGACCCGGCCCGCGACAGCCUCAUCCCCUGCAAGGAGGCCGGGCUGCGCUUCCACGCGGGCGACCUGCUGCAGAUCGUGAACCAGGACGACGCCAACUGGUGGCAGGCUUGCCACGUGGAGGGGGGCAGCGCCGGGCUCAUCCCCAGCCAGCUGCUGGAGGAGAAGCGGAAGGCGUUCGUCAAGCGCGACCUGGAGCUGACCCCGACCUCAGGGGCCCUGUGCGGCAGCCUUUCGGGGAAGAAGAAGAAGCGGAUGAUGUACCUGACCACCAAGAACGCAGAGUUCGACCGCCACGAGCUGCUCAUCUACGAGGAGGUGGCCCGCAUGCCCCCGUUCCGCCGGAAAACCCUGGUGCUGAUCGGGGCGCAGGGCGUGGGCCGGCGUAGCCUGAAGAACAAGCUGCUCAUGUGGGACCCGGACCGCUACGGCACCACGGUGCCCUGAGGCGGAUCUGCGGCGCACGGUGGAGGAGAGCGGCCGCAUCCAGCGGGGGUACGGGCACUACUUCGACCUCAGCCUGGUCAACAGCAACCUGGACAGGACCUUCCGCGAGCUGCAGGCCGCCAUGGACAAGCUGCGCACCGAGCCGCAGUGGGUCCCCGUGAGCUGGGUGUACUGAGCCGCGGCCCGCCCCGUCCCCACCGGCGGCCCCAGCCGCGACCCCGGGCCCCAGCGGGCCCUCGACCCCGUGUCAGCGCAGAGCGCGCCCUGCCAGGGAGGUGCGCAUUCACGGGGCACCUCCGUGCCCGGUGCUGCCCACUCCCCGUGCCCCUUGGCCCCCAGGCGUUCUCUGUGGGCCGGGCAGGACCCAGGCGGUCCCCGGGGCCGCCGCCACGGUACUCAGUCCAGAGAGGACGCGGCUUUGAGACCCCACGGCCCGUCGCUCGCUGCCGGCCCCCUCUCCCCGCGCCUGUCCCCGGACGCCACCCCCGCCUGCUCCGGCGCCCGUGCCCCUCGUCCUGGGAGCCGGCUGUCCCCUGGGCCGGUCGCCCCCACGGUGAGUCCCCUUCCACCGCAGCUUCUCACUGCCGAGCCCGCUGCUGAGGGCUCCCCGUCCCUGACGGCAGAGGGCUCUGGCUGUGGCCGGGGCGGGACAUGUCCUGCGUCCCAUCCCCGACCUCUGCCCGGUCUGGCCGGACACGCUGGGGUGCGCUCCGGCAGCUCCUGGCGGCCCAGCCUCGGCCCUCAGGGCCCCGGGGUGUGGCCUGUGGCCCGGCCUGUGCACCUGGGCCCUGAGGUGCGGGGGCUUGCGGAGGGGCCUGUCUUCGGGCUGCGGAGACCCUCACCCGGAUGCCGGAGCCCGGCCCUCUGAGAUGUCCCCUCCGCCCCUGCCCCCUCCCCGGAUGUCACCCCCAGUCCUUGGGGAGGGCCUUUGUAAAGGAGGAGAGCCCCGUCUCGGGUCCCCUGACAUCGCACCCCUUGUCCUUCCCCGUGGUCCUCCCAAGCCUGUGCUCACAGGGGACCCCGGGGACACCCCCAUGCCAUCCUCAGAGGGACCCCUGGGACCCUCUAACCUGUGUUCACAGGGAUCCCCCGAGGAUGACCCCCAAGUCUCUCCAGGACAUCCCCACCCUGUCACGGGGGACCCCUGGGACACCCCCUACGCCAUGCUCAAAGAGAUCCCAUAGGACAUCCCCCAGCCUCUUAAGGGGUCUCCACAGGACGCCCCACCCCAUCCUGACUUCCCGAGGACUCCCCGACCUGUCCUCACAGGGGACCCCCAGGAACCCUCACCCCGUCUUCACGGAGGGUUGCUUAGGACCUCCCACAGUCUCUCAGGGGUCUCCCCAGGAUGCCCCCGCCCCACCCCCAUAGGAGGCUCCCGAGAGCACCUGCGCUGUGCUCAAAGGAGACCUCUGGGGCACCCCCACCCCGUUCUCGGGAGGCCUCAAAACACCCCACCCAAGCCUCACAGCCGCCGAGGGUCAGACUGGUCUCUGCCGUGGCUUUCCUGAGAGACGGAGAGCAGCAUCUGACAUGUCAGAGGCGUACUUACUCUCCCAGCAGCCUCGCUGUGUCCAUGGAGGACAUGCGGGGGCUGGCGACCACGUGUCCCUCCUUGCCUUGGCCCUGCCCCUCCGUGCAGCCCUCCCUGCUCUUCCCUGGUGGGUCACCCCAGGCUGCAGGGCCUGGGUGGGGGAGGGGCUGUAGUGUCGCUUGGUGGCCCCCUUUCAGGAAAGGACCUGCUCCCCGUUAAUCUUGCAAGCCCCCAGCUAAGCAGAUGAGAUGGGGGCUGUGUGGGCACCGGGCCUUUACGGUGGCUCCAGGGUCCAUGCAGUCCUGCAGCUUCACCUCCAGUGACCCUGAAGUGGCUCCCCUACCUCCCUGCAGAGCCCUGCCCCACUGGGCACCUGACAUGUGUGUGACCCCAGGUGGCCAUGAGCCCGCCUUCCGCCUGCUUUGGGGUCCUCAGGAGGAGGAGGACCCUGCCCCCACGGUCCACUCAGUCACAGCCCAGGUCCCUCCCUUGGCCAUCCGAUUCUCAAUUCCUGACUCUGGUGUUCUUUGUUUUCCUUUGAUUAAAUGUGAACGUUA